AUGUUAGCAUUUAAUGCCCCCAUCGAAACUUUGUUGAGCGAACAGUGGGAAACAUUACGCAGCGCGACGAAUUGUCAAAUGUUCGAAAAGCCUUUUAACGACGAUAAUCGACGUAUACACUCACUGGAUUAUAAGCGCGAUCGUGUGACAAUUUCAAAACAAUAUUUGGAGAUGUUUCAACGUAAUCCAGAUGAAUUUCUGCGUCGAUUCAUUACUAUGGACGAAACAUGGUUCCAUUACUUCACACCCGAGACGAAGGAACAGUCAAAACAAUGGACUUUACCGGAAGAACCAAUUUCGAAGAAGGCGAAGACCAUAAAGUCGGCUGGUAAACAAAUGAUCAAUGGCAAUUAUUAG